GUAUUGCACUGAGGAAGCUUCGUGCAAGACUGAACUUCCUUCGCUAUACUCGAAUCCCUUGCAUUCAAGGGGGAACAUCCCCUGCUAUAAAUCACAUUUGGGUUCAACAUACAUAACAUUUUACUUAUUGCUAUUUCGUCUCUUCAUCUCUUAAGAAUAAGUGUUGUAAAAUUGAGAGCAAACUGCUGCUGGGGAAUAUGAAAAUGAGUGUCAUACAAAAGCUCUGUUUUCUACUGGCUGUUGUGUCCUUAGGAGCAGCAGAUGUGUACCCAAUUUAUCCCAAGAAUGAGCAAUCCCAGAUUUCCUCAUUAGUUGAACAAGACAUCCAGAGAAUUGGGAGGAGAUUACAAGCAGCUGAAAAGACUACUGUAUUUAAAGUGCAAGGCAAUGUUUUUCCAGAUGGGAUUUACUACAUGAGUGCAGUAAUUGGUAAUCCCCCCAAGGAAUAUUAUCUGGAUAUAGACACUGGCAGUGACUUAACAUGGCUUCAGUGUGACGCCCCCUGCCGAAGGUGUGGCGAGACACCCCAUCAAUGGUACAAACCACAACCACGCUCAGGGGUAUCAUGCGAACACCCUCUUUGUGAACCUGUGCAGAAAGCGAGUCGUGGAAACUAUGAAUGUAAGAGUUCUUCCGAGCAGUGUGAUUAUGAUAUUAGAUAUGCUGAUCGUGGGUUCUCGUUGGGAUUUCUUAUUAGGGACAGUUUCUGGGUAAGACUCACCAAUGGCACCAUCAUCAGGACUGGUUCUGUAUUUGGAUGUGGAUAUUACCAAUAUGUGUCUUUGGAAGGGACACAAGCUACAGAUGGUGUUUUGGGUCUGAGUAACGGUAUAGCAAGUCUUCCAUCUCAAUGGCAAAGGCAAGGCCUCAUCAAUAAUGUCAUAGGCAUCUGUAUUGCUGGAGGAGGGAAAAAAGGGGGAUAUAUGUUCUUUGGUGAUGAUCAUGUGCCUACCUCGUCCAUGACCUGGGUUCCUCUGCUUUGCGAGCCAAAAGUAAGAUACUACUAUGUGGGAGUCGCACAGAUGAUCUUUGGCAGAAAACUUCUUGCAAAGGAUGGAGAUGAAACAAGUCUAGGAGGCAUAAUAUUCGAUAGUGGCAGCUCAUAUACAUUAUUCACAGAAAAAGCUUAUGGCGCUCUUUUCUCUGCAAUCAAAGAAACCUUAGGAGGCCAGUUGGUACAAGAUCCAUCAGAUAUAACGCUUCCACUCUGUUGGCGAGGGGAAAAGCGAUUCAGAUCCAUUGCAGAUGUAACAUCAUACUUCAAACCAUUAACAUUCAACUUCAAAAAUGCAAAUGCAAAGUUCGAAAUCACUCCUGAGGGCUAUUUGAUAAUUAAUACUAAAGGCAAUGUCUGUUUAGGGAUACUUGACGGCACCUAUAUUAGUCCCUACAAUGUCAUUGGAGACAUAUCUUUGCAGGGUUAUCUUGUGGUUCAUGACAAUGGUAAAAAACGGAUUGGCUGGACUCGCACGGAUUGCAUGAAGUUUUCCAAGUUCUGCAUCUUAUCCUUUUCCUGAUAAUAACUCAGCAGUAUAUAGAAUGAAGUGUCUGGCCGGCUGCAGGCUUUAGAAGGUCCCCGACAAUUACCGGCUCAAGAUCUUGGGAAUAGCGUUUGCCCUCGCACUUCCUACUCUGCUCCAGACACCUGGUAAAUGGCACAAAUAAUUGCCAGUGAUGAACAAGAGCUUUAACUACUGUAAAGAAUGCAACUGAGACAACCAAAUAGAUGGGACAUUUAAGGAAAUCCAAGAGCCUAUAGAAAGCAAGUAAGAGACAUUUGGGACAGCCUCAAAUGUAAAAAGAUUUAUUUGUAGUGGAUGCUGAUUGAAUCUAUGGAUCAUUAAACAUCAAGUUCGGCCAUUGUUAACCCUGUGGAUUUGGUUGGUAGUAACAGGUCUGGCAGCCGGCUGCAAGCUUUAGAAGAUCCCCAACAGUUACCAGCUCAAGAUCUUAGGAAUGUCAUUUGUUCUUGCAGUUCCUCCUUUGUUCCAGACACCUGGCAAAGGGCACAAAUAUUUGCCAGUGUGAUCAACUAUACUGAAUAGCAGUAGUAGGAGAAUGGAACUAUUUCACAAUAGUCCAUAAUUUCUUGCUGAGCUUCCUUAUUAGGUGGUUACUUUUUAUGAUCCAUAUAUGAUUGAAAGCCUUGACUAAGAAGAGAUUUAUUUUCUUUCAUGAAGUUUCAAAAACCGAUGUUUGAUCUACCACCAUCUCCUUGACCAGCUUCAGCUGUGAACAUCUAGGGUUGGAACUCAUAAUUUUUAUAAAUGACUUUUUGAGUUAUUAUGCUUA